ACUAUAAAAGCCCCUAUCACAGUAUUCUGGAUUAUCAGUCAGUUUUGAUAAGUCAACGCAAACACAAGCUUAAAACUACAAAAACUACAAUAGAAUCAGCAAAUAUGAAGUACCUCGCUGUUGGAAUCCUUUUUACAAUUUUCGCUUUUACAUCUGCCCAAGAGUACAAAGUUAAGACCCAAGCUGAUCUGGUUAACAUCCGGAAACAAUGUGUCGACUUGAAAAAAAUCACCCCCGAACAAGUUGAGAAGUACAAGAAAUUCGAAUUCACAGACGAUGAGAAGACACGCUGCUACAUUGAAUGCAUCUUUGAUAAAUUCGGUCUAUUCAAUGCUAAGGAUGGCUUCAAAGUUGACAAUUUAGUCAAACAACUAGGACAGAACCGCAACCAAACUGAAGUUAGAGCUGAGAUCCAAAAGUGUGUUGACAAGAACGAACAACGCAGCGAUUCGUGCUCAUGGGUGUUCCGUGGAUUCAAGUGCUUCAUUAGCAAGAACUUGCCAUUGGUGCAACAGAGCUUGAAAGCCAAUUAAGCGGCAAAAAUGUGUAGGAAAGAAUUCCCAAUUACAAAUUUAGUUGAAAACGGACUGGUUUAUAUAAAAAAAUUUUACUGCCUUUAAAUAAAUUUAAUUAUUGCUUCAAACAUA